CCCCCAGGAAUCCGGUCCCGGGAAGGGGCGGCGCUGGCGGGGAGAGCCGCCCCGGGGUGUGGUUCCGAGUUUCUUAAGGAACCGGCGUGCCCGGGCCCCGACUCGAGCCGCUGUGCCGCCGCGUCCCGCCAUGGCACCGCACGCACCGCGCGCCCUGCUCCUGGUCGCGGCCGCCGGGCUGCUGCUGCUCCUGCUGCUGCCCCUCUCCUCUUCCUCCUCUUCGGACGCGUGCGGGCCCUGCGAGCCGGCCUCCUGCCCGCCCCUGCCCCCGCGCGGAUGCCCGCUGGGCGAGACCCGCGACGCGUGCGGCUGCUGCCCGGUGUGCGCCCGCGGCGAGGGCGAGCCGUGCGGGGGCGGCGGGCCGGGCCGGGCGCACUGCGCGCAGGGCAUGGAGUGCGUGAAGAGCCGUAAGAGACGGAAGGGUAAAGCCGGGGCAGCGGCCGCGGCCGGCGGCGCGGUGGUGAGCGGCGUGUGCGUGUGCAAGAGCCGCUACCCGGUGUGCGGCAGCGACGGCGUCACCUACCCCAGCGGUUGCCAGCUGCGCGCCGCCAGCCUGCGCGCCGAGAGUCGGGGCGACCGGGCCAUCACCCAAGUCAGCAAGGGCACCUGCGAGCAAGGUCCUUCCAUCGCGACACCCCCCAAGGACAUCUGGAAUGUUACUGGUGCCCAGGUCUACUUGAGCUGUGAGGUCAUUGGAAUUCCAACCCCUGUGCUCAUCUGGAACAAGGUUAAGAGGGGUACCUUUGGAGUUCAGAAGACAGAACUCUUGCCUGGUGACCGGGACAACCUGGCCAUUCAGACCCGGGGUGGCCCAGAAAAGCAUGAAGUGACUGGCUGGGUUCUGGUGUCUCCUCUCAGUAAAGAGGAUGCUGGAGAGUAUGAGUGCCACGCAUCCAAUUCUCAAGGACAGGCCUCGGCAUCAGCAAAAAUCACAGUGGUGGACUCCAUACAAGAAAUACCAGUGAAAAGAGGUGAUGGUGCUAAACAAUAAAAAUGCAGAAUAUAUUAGUCUCUACUAUUAAAAGUACCCCUGGAUAACUUCAACCCUAUUCUUAAUCUGGGAUUACUUUUUUAUCCAGCCCUCUAACAUUUUAGUUAUAUUCACUGUUUUUUACAGAGAUACAAAAUAAAGAUAACACAUCAACUCUAUCUACAAAACUUUAUUGUCUAUUUACAUAACAAAAGCAUGCACACAAUUAAAGUCAAUAAAACGCUUUUCUUGCAA